AUGGAUUUAAACAUAUCCAGUCCAGUGGACCAGACGCCCAUAUCGUCUAUAAUACUCAAACAAAUAGGGAGAUGCUCGAGUCCAGCAGCUGCAGAGGCUCUGGCACCAGAUUCCGAUCAGCCGCAAAACGCAAAGUGGUUGCAGCCCAAGAGGCAACCACGAAGUAACCGGGACAGUCUAUGCGCUCGCAUGAACCACAACAACCGACAACGGAAAGCGACGCAGCAGUCCCGGAGAUGGGUCAUUGACAGCGAGGACAGCGUCGACUUGGCACGCAGCAGGUGCUGGCUGCCGAGCGACGCUGCCCGCAAGAAGCCCCGACUUGAGCGACAAGAAGCCUUCCGAGUGCCCGAGAUGGUGUACAUAUCCGACGUGGUCGAAAACGACGCCGAGCUGUACCGCUUGGGGCUCCUGUACGAUGACGACCAUGUGCGAGGUUCCGGCUUCAGCCUCAACACAAUCGUCCAUUCCAAUCCCGUCUAUCCCAUUCGCCCGGCUAAGCGUGCACAAAGAGGUAUCAACACUCAGUAUCUCGACGGCUGGGGCGAAUGCGACGAGGAUGGUCCUUUGAUACUUGGUCAACUCUUGACAUCCACUUUGGAUGUCCCAUCAACGCCAGAACAAGAACAACCAAACAUGUCUUAUCCAACUCCGGCAUCAACUCCAAGACAUAAUGGCGAUUUUGUGGGCAACAGGUCGGAGUCUGAAACGCAUACAGAGGGCAGACAAUCCGAACUAGAGGAGGAUUUCAUUUGUGAUUGGGACAUGCUUCCACGGUUACAACGGGAGUAUUCGAACACGAGCACUGUCGUCGAAAGUAUUGAAAUCGACGCAGGGGUGGCACUCGAGACUUGGAUAGUUCUGGGUGAGACUUGCAGCGAGUCUCAUUAG